AUGGAGGACCGCGUGGCGGCGGGGGCGAACUUUCUCGAGAUUGACUCACCUUCUCACCCUGAACGGGCGUGGCGGGGCUGGAAGUUUCCAGCCCCGGAGACGAAACGGGCUGGCCUGGUGCACGAGCACCGGUACCAGCAGAAGCCAUGUACGGCACAUGGCAAGGGUGGUUCAAAAAGCCCUGCCGGAUCUGGAAAUUAUCUCGGACCUUGGGAUUAUCCCAACGAGGAAUUCCGUGGCGAUCGAACGGAGCAGUUUGUUGGCGCGGCGGGCAACCUCCCGAAGGAGAAAGCCCUGGAGGAGCACUGA